UUGAGCAUUACAUCUUUAACUAUCUCUUGCCCCAAUCUUCUCUUCAUUUUGUAUCUUUUUAUUGGUCGUUAAGGAGAAGAUGGCCAAGAGCGGAGAGCCGCAACAAUACUCUACGCUAGAGGUGGAAGGCGAGAGCAGUAGAGCACACGAUGCGAAGGGGAAAUCACCGAUAAUGGAAGCUCCAUUGAUCGGAAAAGGUGGGGCCCACAUAGCAAGUGACGGUGGUGCGGGGGUGAAGAGAGGUGUUGGAAUAAUUGACUUUGUGGUGAGAUUGUUAGCUGUAGCAGCUGCUCUUGCUGCAACAAUUGCAAUGGGAACUACUGAUCAAACUCUCCCUUUCUUCACCCAAUUCUUCCAAUUUCGUGCUCGUUAUUAUGAUCUCCCUUCUUUCACGUAUUUUGUGAUUGCGAAUGCAAUAGUUGCUGCAUAUCUUGUUCUCUCAAUGCCAUUCUCCAUUGUCACAAUUGUUAGACCACUUGCCAAGGCACCCCGGCUUAUUCUAAUUAUCUUUGACACUAUCGCAUUGACAUUGACUGUCUCCGCUGCCUCAGCAGCGGCUGCCAUAGUGUACUUGGCUCACCAAGGCAACACAAACACAAAUUGGAUUGCAAUUUGCCAACAAUUUGACAAUUUUUGCCAAAGGUCUAGUGGAGCUGUUGUAGCAUCCUUUAUAACUGCUGUUUUGUUCAUUCUUCUGGUCAUUCUAUCUACUGUGGCCCUCAAGACCCGUUGAACAUUCUUGGACUUCAAAUGUAUUUUAUUUUGUAAUUUCUCUUAAUGUUAUGUUUUGGUAUUGUAUUUGUAGCCUAGCUUUUCAAUGAGUGUAUAAUUACAUACACAAGUCAGUUAUUUUGUGUUGGGGAAGUUGUAUAUCAAUCGGGGAAUUUUAA